AUGCACGGUAUAUGGUCCAAAAUGUCGAACCUCCAGUUAACUCAGGAAAAACUAGAUGCCCUACGCUCCGAGUACAGGCCACGCCGGCCGUGCACCCUGCUGAAAUACCCACGACCCAAGACGAAGCCCGAGUACCAGGCGAUAUAUCCGUGGCUGCUCCCGGAUGAAACUGAUCCGCACUUUGUAUUCUGCGCGGUCUGCGAGUGCCGGCUCAGCUGCAAGAGAUCUGAUCUGGGCAAGCACGAGGGCAGCAUCAAGCACUCGGAAAAUGCCCAAAGAAAAGCGAUGCCGGUGAAAGAAAAUCAUACGGAGGCGGAGGGUUCCGCUGCCGGGGAACUACCGGCCACUAUUACGCCCAUACACACCACGCCCUCCUACGCCGCCCGCCAGCUGCAGUCCUACCUGCUGCAGCAAAUGUCGCCCAUAACGCCGCCGCGCGACUCCCUGGAACUCUUCUUCGACAGCGUAUGCGCCACCGUCAAGAACUGGAACUGCGGUUCCAGCUCUCCGAUAAGCUGCAUUACUCGUAUUUUACCCUCGGUGGCCAGUUUGGGCGGUAGGCUCUUGACGGUGGCGCAUAUGCUGUCGAAGAAGAGUUCCAGGGAGUCGCGCGGCGGCGUUAUGGGCGACAUUUGCUGCAGCCCUCGGCGAGCAGGAAGCGUCUUCCCAGUGCGCCGGACCUCAGGAGUUGCCAGCUGGAUUUUAAACGUUGUCUUGGUAACGGUUUGCACUCGAUUUUAUUGUCAAAAGAAAGAAAGAAAAAAGAGGACUAAGCAAAAUACAAUAAAAAUGUUUCGCCGCGGAAAAUUAUCCUUUCUGAGCACCAAAGACGAUCGCAUCAAAAUAAUAAACGAACGGAUCAAUAUAACAGAACGCCAUUUAAUGGAGAUGUGCUCAGCCUUCGCUUUGGUAACAAGAAAAAUGGCCAAAUAUCGCGACUCCUUCGAUGAGUUGGCCAAGAAUGUAAAGAGUUAUGCGGACGACGAGGAAAUCAACGAGAGUCUUUCUAAUGGACUUAAGAGCUUUACUAAUGCGGUUACCAUUAUGGGCGAUUAUAUGGACAUCAACGUACAUCGGUUGGAACAUAAGAUUGUCAACGAGCUGGCGCAAUUCGAGCAGCUUUGCAAGUCGACCAGGGACAAUCUUCGCCUGGCUGUUAUAGCCCGGGACAAGGAGGUUCUACGUCAGCGCCAGAUGUUGGAGUUAAAGUCAAAGUUUUCAGCGAACAAUAGUGCCGCCGAUUCGGAACUUUUCAAGGCCAAAAUGGAGGUGCAGCGCACCAACAAGGAAAUUGACGAUAUCAUCGGGAACUUCGAGCAGCGAAAAUUGCGUGAUAUAAAGCAGAUAAUCAGCGACUUUAUACUGAUCUCCAUGAAGCAGCACACCAAAGCUUUGGAGGUGCUGAGCGCAAGUUACUAUGAUAUAGGAAGCAUCGAUGAGCGCGACGAUUUCCUGGAGUUUCAGAAACUAAUGAAAACCAAGGAGGAGCCCACGCCUCGCAAGGCAGCCUUAAAGAAGGGCCUGCGCUCCCAAUCAAUGGAUAGUUUGGAGCACGAGCACCUUGUAAGUCCGCUGAAAAGGCAUCAGAAAUUAUCGAGGAGCACCAAAAAUCUGGCAGGAGCGGGAAUCAAUCACGGCAGUAGGACAGAGCCCGAAGAGGAAACAGAUGAGCAGGAUGAGGAGGAUGAUGAUGACGAAGACGAGGAAACCGACCAAAGUGGCGAUGAGGAGGAAUCAGGAACAGCAACAGACGAUGAAAGAGAGCCCACACAGCCGAGCAGCCAGGUCACUCCACGCGAUAAUGUCUUCGGGGCCAAGAUCCGAUCUGGUGGUAAAGAUGUCCCCACGCCCUCGAACAGCGCCAGUGCCACUUCUGCUCCUUCGAAGCCCAGCAGGCAAACGGUCAAACAUCCUUUCAAGGCGGUGGCCUCCACCCAUGUAAGGCUGCAGAAACAGUUCCACGUGCCCCAGCACUAGCACUGAAAUAACAUCCAGAAUUAGAGCUCCUAGUCAACUAGAGGUCCCAUCAGUAUUGAAGACAAAAUACAAUUUUAAUAAUUUGAUUUGGUUCUUAAACCCAGUUUGAAAACCGUUCCAUUAUUGUUUUUUUAUCAUUACAUCCUUCAUUUUAUUCUGAAACGUAUAUUUUUUAAUAAGUAUUGUAUUCAAAAUUUAAAUUUGGAAUGGCUCCAAGAUAUCAGACCUCUAUCCACUUUUUCUACUUAGAAAUCGUUUCUUCGAGAACAAAUCGCUAUCCAAUAAAAUUACUUAUCAAAACCUUAUAAAA